UAUAUUCCUCCGCACUCCGUUCGCGACUGUCAUUCAGCAAAGAGUUGCACGCAGUUGCUCGAAAAGAUAAACCAACCGGCUCGUGCAGUCGGUUUCAUAAAUUCCUUAAUAUCUGAGAGUCUCUCGGAAACGGGGCUUAAUUGUUAAUCUAAUAUGGAGAAGUUGUUAUCAUCAGUAAUAAUUCUGUGCAUGUUCUUAAGUGCAUAUGCUGCUGAAUCCUCUGAAACUGGAAAUGGCUACAUAUUUACUUGCCCAAAGUCCAUUAAAACUGGAACCACAAAUGAGAUGCAGUUACGCCGUUAUGGGGCACUUGAUGCAGGCAACCUCAAUCUGAAACUGAUAUAUCCUGAUUCAUACAAUUCGAAUUUCACAGUUUUUGUUGAAAAGGACUAUGAGAUAAAAGAAGGAGAAGAAUAUUCUACACUUGAACUCUUUGUUCCGUUAUCUGAAACUCCCAUAUAUGACGCUCGAGUUGUCCUCAAUGGGACUUUAGGAGAUUCCUAUACUAUAGUUGGCAGUGACACGGUGUACUUUGAUACUGCAAAAGAUAACAUAAUUAUCAUUCAGACUGAUAAACCAAUAUACAAAGAAGGCCAGACUGUGAAAUUUCGUGUUCUGAAAGUAGACAGAAAUCUGAAACCAUCAGGAAAAGAUGAAGCUAAUAUAUGGGUUGAAGACCCGAAAGGUACAAGGCUAUUCCAGUGGAAAAAAGUGCCUUUGGGAAGUGGUAUCAAACAAUUAGAAUUUCCGUUAGCUGAUGAACCUGUUGAAGGAAAUUGGAAAAUAAAAGCUUCUAUCAAUGAUGAAGUCGAAACGGCCAUCUUUGAGGUGAAAGAAUAUGUGCUGCCUAAAUAUGAAGUUGACAUUUCCUUUCCUUCUUUCGUCCUUGCAAACGCCGAACUUAUACCAUUGAAGAUAUGUGCAAAAUAUACGUAUGGGAAGCUAGUAAAAGGCGAUCUGAAGCUAAAUAUAUCUUUGGAGUUAUACGCAUGGUCAAGAGAAAAAGUACCUAUAUUGGAAAUAGAAGAGAAGCUGGACGGUUGUUUUGAAUACGAAUUAAAUGUUUCACUGAUAGAAACAGGGGACGUUUAUCGUUACAGAAGGAUCAUGGUUGUGGCUAGCGUGACAGAAAAAGGAACUGGAGUGGAGCGAAAUGAAACUAAAUUUAUUCAGCGGCAGUACUCUCCUCUUAAUCUCAACUUUAAUCGUGAUCAAAGACAAUAUUACAAACCUGGUCUGCCUUACAACGGAAAACUGCAAGUGAAUAAUCCUGAUGAAAGCCCUGCCGCAAAUGAACCAAUUGAGCUUUGUGCGACUGUAUCAAGGCAACGUGUUUUGAGUGGCUGGUGGGCAACAAAAAAAGUGAAAUAUUGCAAAAAUUAUACUUCGGAUGACAAUGGGGUUAUUCUAUACACUUUACCUCCUCAGAACACAGAUUCCAUUGGCAUCACGAUCGAGGCAAAAUCUAUUCGUUUUGCGAAACCAGCAAAUCCCACCGGAACUCACCGUGAAAAUGUGCUAAAUACACCAGAAACAAGUAUGUCUCUGACACCUUGGUUCUCGCCAUCUGGUAAUUUCCUUCAGUUGCAGCCAGAGCAGGAUGUACUAAAGUGUGGUACGAAGAAGAGCGUCACAAUUCUAUUUACGUCAAAGGAAGAUGCCAAUCUGAAUUUCGUGUACCAGGUUGUAAGCCAGGGUAAGGUACUACGAUCUGGCUCUGUUCCUGUCUCAUUCUCAGUCCAAGAUGAUGUGUCCAAAGAAUUCCAAGAUGAAAGUAAACUUAUCAAUGAGCAAGAAACUCAACUUGAGCCAGCAUUAACAUCCGCAGACUCAUCUUCAAGUUCAUCCUCAAGCUCAUCUGAGGAAGACUGCCCAUCAGCAAGGGAAGCCAGAUACGUCCCGCCUGUGGGUAAAGUGACAAUUGAUAUUGAUAUCGAUGCUAGCCUGUCACCAUCGUUCCAUCUUUUGGUAUACUACAUCAGGGACGACAGAGAAACUGUGGCAGAUUCACAAAAAUAUAAAGUCGAAAAAUGCUUUAAAAAUGAGGUUCAUUUUGGAUUUGGAGAUGAAGUCCAACAGCCUGGCACGAGAACAUCAAUAAAAGUUAAGGCAGCUCCUAACUCACUUUGUGGUAUCAAAGUUGUUGACAAAAGUGUUUCGCUACUGGACUCCAGUGAACAACUAACGACAGAAAAAAUAUUUUCAAUUUUGGAGAGCAGGGAAUACGUGCAUUAUGGUAGUAAUCCUUGCAAUGAACCUGCUCCUCAACCUGGUUUAUACAAAUCAGCACCUUUAGAUUAUAGCUCAAUAGUUAUGCCUCGACCCUGGUCUUCAUCGUCAUACGAAGAUGCACUUGCUGCAUUUUACAAUGCCGGCUUUGUCGUCAUCAGUAAUCUGACUCUAUUCACACGACCAUGCAAAAGCAACAACAGAGGAGGAAUUCAUGUCCAGUAUGAGACUCAAGGAUUUAGCACUUUUGGUGCUGGUGGCCAAGUUUCUUUUAAAGCUGUGGCAUUGGCUUCGACUGCAAGGAGACCUGCAGCUCCAGCAGUGGCUGAUUCUAAAAUGGGAAUUGAAGUUACCAAAUCAGUAGUCGAUGUAAGAAAUUACUUCCCAGAAACGUGGUUAUUCGAGAUGGAAAUGACUGGACCUGAUGGGGAAUACUUAGACAAACAGAAAUUACCACACACGAUUACGGAAUGGAUUGGCAAUGCUGUGUGCAUCAAUGAAGAGGAAGGUUUAGGCAUAUCCAACACGAAGUCUAUCAAAGCUUUCCAAGCUUUCUUCCUGUCAUUUACACUCCCGUAUUCGGUAAUCAGAGGAGAAAAGUUCUGGAUAACAAUUUCUGUCUUCAAUUAUGUACAAGAUGCCUUGCCUGUAACCGUUUCUUUGGAUAAGAGUGAUGAUUAUGUUGUAAUUAGUGAUUCAGUUGAUGGUGACGUCUGUGUGCAACCAGGAGACAGUGAAAACUUAAGGCUCCAGUUAAAAGCUACCACUUUGGGAACACUUAAUAUCACCGUCCGAGCACAGACAGCUGAAUCUAGUGAUAUAUGUGGCAGCUCAAGUGUAUCUGAUGCUGUAGCUAAGGAUGGAGUUACUAAUUCUCUCAUAGUGCAGGCUGAAGGUUGGCCAGUAGUAGACGUUGUAACCAGUUUAUUCUGCCCCAAAGAUGGAGAAGAUGGAGUAUUUGUAGAAUCGUAUGAUCUAAACUUACCUGAAAAUGUUGUUCCUGAUUCUGCAAGAGGAUACCUUGAUGUAACGGGUAAUUUUAUGGGCCCAUCUAUGGACAACUUAGAAAACCUUGUUGUUCUUCCUACUGGAUGUGGAGAGCAAAACAUGGUCAAGUUCACGCCGAAUUUAGUUGUUCUAGAUUACCUGUCUGGGAUUGGAGAACUCAACGAUAAAAUAAAAAACAGAGCUAUUCGGAACCUAAACUUAGGAGCUCAAAGGGAAAUGCAAUAUCGACAUGCAGAUGGAUCUUUUAGUGCAUUUGGUUACAGAGACAAAGAAGGAAGCAUGUUUCUAACUGCUUUUGUUCUUCGUUCUUUUGCUCAAGCUACGAAGUAUAUUACCAUCGAUGAUAACGUUAUUAAACAGAUGCAAACAUGGAUAAUUUCCAAGCAACAAGCAGACGGAUGUUUCCCAGAUGUUGGUCGAAUAUUUGAUUCCGGCUUGCAAGGAGGUGUCGAAAAGGAAAAGAGUCAAGGUAUCAUCACAGCUUAUGUCCUCGCUUCUCUUAUAAUAUCUGGUUACAAAAAUGAAUCUAUCAUCAACCCUGCUGUCUCCUGUAUUGAAGAAGAUGACAGCAAACUGAGUCCAUACGCAGGAUUUUUAUAUACAUAUGCCGAAACUCUAGCUGGGAAAACUGAGGAGGCAAGAAAGCGCAUUUCUAGACUCAGAGAAAGAGCUAACGUAACAGAUGGUGUAGAAUAUUACCCUAAUGUAAAUGGAUCCCAAUCGAUCAACUUGGAAACGGCAGCCUACGCUGUUUUGGCUAUCUUGAAAUCGGGAGGAAAUGCUGCUGACGCUUUGCCAAUUGUCCGUUACAUGACUCAGAAUUUGAAUCUAAGAGGAGGAUUUGUGUCAACCCAGGAUACUUGCGUUGGAUUGGAAGCUCUCUCAGAAAUCGCUAAACUCAUCUUUAAAGAUACACUCGAUAUUACGUUGACUGUUACGGGUGGAUUGGAAAAGACUAUCAAGCUAACAGAGGAAGACAAGCUGGUAGUAAAGAGGAACCGGAUUUCUGAAGUACCAUCUGAAGUGAAGGUAGAAGCCACUGGAUCAGGUUGCGCCCUAAUUCAGAAAACACUCCUUUAUAAUACCAAAACUCCACCUACAAAGAACUUAUUUUACCUCGAAGUCGUCGGUAAUUGUCUAGAUGGCGAUUGCAAACAAGGUGAAAUUACUGUGAUAGUCAGUUACAUCCCAGCUGGAGAAAGUUCCGGCAUGUCCUUAGUUGAAGUAAAGAUGAUCUCUGGCAUGGUUCCUGUAAAGGAAAGUCUUGAUAAGCUUCUGAGAGAUGAAGAUUUAAAAUUAAUGAGAUAUGGAAUAGAAAAUGAUGUUGUGGUAUUUUACUACAGUGAGAUAUCAAAUACUGGAAAACGAUUCGUCUUCCAAGUAGAAGAAGCUGUCAAGGUAGACGAUCGUCAUCCUGGUACAGCUAAAGUGUACGAUUACUACGCGAAAGAAAAAUCGGCGUCUACUAGUUAUUCAUUAGGAAACUGUGAAUCAGAAAGUUGUUCUGAAGAAUCAUAAAAGAAGAUAUGAAGAUAAAUGCCAAGUAAUCUAUUAACCAGAAAAGGGACCCCAUGACUUUUAUUUUAAAGUGGUGGAUUAAAUCGGCGUUAUAUCAGUAUUUUUUUUUUUUGUAUUACGCGCACAGAACUCAAUUCGUCAAAGAUAAGUCAGAGCUUGCACGUAUGCUUUUCCAGAACGUGCACUUUUGGUAAUAAAAUAACACUUUUGUAAAUAAAAUAAUGUGUUUCGUUAUA